UUUCUCCUUGGAGAUGUGAAAGGUGAAGCCAAGAAUAGCAUUACUGACUCACAAAUGGAUGAUGUCGAAGUUGUUUAUACAAUCGAUAUACAGAAGCAUAUUCCAUGCUACCAGUUGUUCAGCUUUUAUAAUUCUGCAGGAGAACUGAAUGAAGUUGCCCUGAAGAAAAUCCUGUCAGGCUGUAAGAAGAGUGUAAUAGGAUGGUACAAAUUCAGACGGAACACAGACCAGACCAUGACAUUCCGGGAAAGACUUCUUCAUAAGAACUUGCAGUCACAUCUAUCAAAUCAGGGCCUUGUGUUCCUUUUAUUAACCUCUAACGUGAUGACAGACAGUUGUUCUACUUACAGACUGGAACAUGCCUUACAUCGGCCACAAGAAGGUCUUUUCCAGAAAGUUCCUUUGGUAAUUACCAACUUGGGUAUGGCAGAACAGCAAGGCUACAGAACAGUGUCUGGUUCCUGCAUAUCUUCUGGUUUUGUGAGAGCAGUAAGACAACACAGGUCAGAAUUCUUUUAUGAAGAUGGAUCCUUACAAGAGGUUCAUAAGAUAAACGAGAUGUAUGCCACCUUGCAGGAGGAACUGAAGAAAAUAUGCUCCACAGUAGAAGUUAGUGAACGAUCUGUAGAGAAACUCUUAGUAGAGGUGAGCCAAUUAAAAGAAGAAAUAAAGAGGAAAAGGCAACAAAGCUGUUCAGGAGAAGACAGAGACUACCCAGGAGAGCCAAAAGAGAAUGUUUUCCUUUGUCAGGCACUGCAAACGCUUUUCCCCAAUUCUGGACUUCAGACAUGUAUUGUUUCCUCCAAAGGCCAACAGAUAUCCAAGAACUGCUGUAACAUUGACCAUAACAUUAAUGUCAUGGACACACUGACUCUAAUGGUAGAGGAGAAAGACUUCACUGAAACCGAAACAAGACACCUAACCAAGCGUAAAUUCAGAGGGACCACAGCAGGAUCAAAGUCAUUCAAGAAAUCCAGAUCACUGCAGCUUCACCAAAAAUUACUUCGAGACCAAGAGGACACUGACCAGGAAAGGAAGCUUAUGCUGAGGACCACUGAAACAGAUGAGGAUGCGUUUGAAAAAAAUAGGGACACAAAUGAAUACUCGCACUGUACUACUUCUUGA